AUGCCUUAUAUUUUCAUUGUACAAUCCUUAGGUUAUGGUAAAUCAAGACUCAUUAAAGAAUAUGCAAGACAGGGACCUACAAUUGAAGCUGCAAAUUCUUGUGAAAUUACCAAAAAUCAAGGAUUGAAAGAUAUUAAUAAUGAUGAUUUACAAGGAGCAAGUAAUGACUUUAAUGAUAGUGAUGAAGAAACAAAAAAUCUCAUAAGUUUAGCUAUUCUUGCUUCUUUAUAUUCUAUAGAUAUUUCCUCAUUUGUUCACUUUUUCUCAAAUCUUAUUGCUAGUCAUCUUGGCACUUAUCUUAUAAUCUCUCAAGAUAAAAUAAAAGUUUUAGCCUGUUAUCCACCAGAACCAAUAAUCACUGAAGCUGCUUAUGAACUUUUGAAUAAUAACAUAUUAAAUUAUAUUAAACUUACAACCUUUUUAGAUGAAUUAUUAACUAAUAACAUCAUAUUACGUGAAAAUAAUGCAGAAUACAAUUAUCUUAAAAAUGCCAGUGUCUUCUUUAUAAGAUUUGUUACUAUUAGUACUAUUCCACAACUUGAUGCAUAUGAAAAGAAAAUUGUAGAGGUAGAUUGGGGAGUUACUACAAGAUUAAAUGAUCAAAAUCCCAAACCAACUAUACAUUAUACUAUUAUAGAUCUUAAGUCUUUUAAUAUUACGUAUAGAAAGAAUCUUAAAAGUUUUCGUGCAAUUCUUAAGGCUUACAUUAUUCCUUAUAAUGCAAUUUGA